AAAAGAAUAUGAUUACAGCUGCGACCUUAAAUGUCUCCUGCAUUGAUAGUUCCUUUUAAACGUCACUCUAUUUACUAUUUGUACAACCUCCAUCAAUAGUAUGGCAUGUUGAACAGUAUAUAGAAACAUAAGACAUUGGGGGCUCUGUCAGAAUCUGUUCCCUAUAUGUCUAGUAAGGGAAGGCAACAAGAAAUAUUUGCCUUUCAGCAUCUGCAAUGAAGAGUAAGACUUGUCUGAAGCUUUUAAUUUUAAAAAUAGGUGGAUGCUAUGCCUGUUCAGUAUUCAUGCUGAUUGUACACUUUUUGUCACAAGGAGAAUGCUCCACCUUCAAUGACAGCUUUGAUAUCUCAUGGGGAAAUGACCAUGUUAAAUUGUUCAAUAAUGAACAGACAGUAGAGCUCUCUUUGGACAAAGCUUCAGGUUCUGGUUUCACCUCAAAAAAUAAUUACCUGUUUGGAAGCUUUAACAUGAAAAUUAAGCUCAUAGCUGGAAAUUCUGCAGGAACAGUCACCGCAUAUUAUAUGUCAUCAGAUUCAUCAUCUCACGAUGAAAUCGACUUCAAAUUUUUGGGAAACCUGCCAGGAAAGGGAUAUCAUUUGCAGACCAACGUUUUUGUGAAUGGAGUUGGAAACAGAGAGCAAAGAAUUCGACUCUGGUUUGACCCAUCAACAGAUUUCCAUAACUACUCAAUUCUAUGGAACCAAAAGCAGAUUGUAUUUGGAGUGGAUUCAAUUCCCAUUCGUGCUUUCAAAAGUAACGAAUCUUUGGGCAUCCCAUAUCCUAAGAAUCGACCCAUGAAAAUCAUUUCCACCCUCUGGAAUGGGGAAAACUGGGCCACCAAUGGCGGAAAAGUGAAAAUAGAUUGGAGCAAAGCUCCUUUCAUUGCAUCUUUUCAAGCUUUUGAAGUGGAUGGGUGUGUAACAUCUGCUUCACCUUCACCUUCACCUUCACCUUCACCCUGUGUUGGGCAUUGGUGGGAGCAACCAGAAUUUGAGGGCCUCAGUCAAGACCAGCUCAAUAAACUCGGAUGGGUUCCGAAGAAUUAUAUGUUUUAUGACUACUGCAAAGAAAAGUCUGGAAGGUUUUCAAGUGUUCCCAUUGAGUGUGCCAUAAACCCCUAAAUCGCCGGAUUUGAUUCAUA